AUGUCGUCCGACCAAGUUCUUGACUGGCGCAAGGCCGAGGAGGUGCUCAACGAGUACAAGAGUCGCGAUGGCCUCAGUGUCCAUGAGCUCAUGGACGCCAAGGCCCAUGGCGGUCUCACCUACAACGACUUCCUUGUUCUCCCCGGCUACAUUGGCUUCCCUGCCUCUGCCGUCACUCUCGACUCCAAGAUCACCAAGAAGAUCACCCUGAAGACCCCUCUCGUGUCCUCGCCCAUGGACACCGUCACCGAGCACGAGAUGGCCAUCCACAUGGCCCUUCAGGGUGGUCUCGGUGUCAUCCACCACAACUGCUCUCCCCAGGCCCAGGCCGACUUUGUCCGCAAGGUCAAGCGCUAUGAGAACGGUUUUAUCCUCGACCCCGUUGUCAUCAGCCGUGAGACCACCGUCGGCGAGGCCAAGGCCCUCAAGGAGAAGUGGGGAUUUGGUGGUUUUCCCGUCACAGAGUCCGGCAAGCUCGGUUCCAAACUUUUGGGUAUCGUCACCAACCGUGACAUCCAGUUCGAAGAUGACUUUGAGAAGCCCAUCUCCGAGGUCAUGGUGACCGAUCUCAUCACGGCCCACGACGGUGUUGACCUCCUCGAGGCCAACAAGAUCCUUGCUGCUUCCAAGAAGGGCAAGCUCCCAAUCGUUGAUUCCGAUGGAAACCUCGUUUCAAUGAUUUCCCGCUCCGAUUUGACUAAGAACCUCCACUUCCCCCUCGCUUCCAAGGCUGCCGACUCCAAGCAGCUCAUCUGCGCCGCCGCCAUCGGUACCCGUCCCGAGGACAAGGCCCGUCUUGCCGGCCUUGUUGAGGCUGGCCUCGACAUUGUCAUCCUGGACUCGUCUCAGGGUAACUCGAUGUACCAGAUCGAGAUGAUCAAGUGGAUCAAGAACGAGUACCCUGACCUCGAGGUCAUUGGUGGCAACGUUGUCACCCGUGAGCAGGCUGCUGCUCUCAUCGCCGCCGGUGUCGACGGUCUCCGUAUUGGUAUGGGCUCCGGCUCUGCCUGCAUCACCCAGGAGGUCAUGGCCGUCGGUCGUCCCCAGGCUACCUCCGUCUACAAUGUUGCUGCUUUCGCCGCCAGAUUCGGUGUUCCCUGCAUUGCCGACGGUGGUGUCCAGAAUGUUGGCCAUAUUGUCAAGGGCAUUGCCCUUGGUGCCUCCACCGUCAUGAUGGGCGGUCUCCUUGCUGGUACCACCGAGUCUCCCGGUACUUCCUUCGUCUCCCGCGAGGGUAAGCUCGUCAAGGCCUACCGCGGCAUGGGUUCCAUCGACGCCAUGCAGGACAAGAAGGCUGGUGGUGGUGGCAAGGACAGCCAGAAGAGCAAUGCUGGCACUGCCCGCUACUUCUCCGAGGGCGACUCCGUCCUUGUUGCUCAGGGUGUCUCUGGUGCCGUUGCCCACCGUGGCUCCGUCAGCAAGUUCGUCCCCUACCUCGCUGCCGGUCUCAAGCACUCCCUCCAGGACAUGGGCAUGACCAGCGUCGAGGAGCUCCACAAGCAGGUCGAGGCCGGCAUUGUCCGCUUCGAGAUUCGCACCCCCAGCGCUCAGCUCGAGGGCGGUGUGAACAUGGAGUCCUAUGAGAAGAAGCUCUAUGCUUAA